AUGUUUCCGCACAAGGGCGGGGGUGGGCGGGCCGGGGGGGGCGGCGGCGGCGGCGGCGGCGGGGCCGGAGCUUGCGGGGUAGGUUGCAGCAAUGGCUUCAGCCCGAUGCGAAGCCGGGGCGCGGGGCACAGCAUCCACGGCCCCUCGGCUGGGGGCGGGGGGGUGCCGUACGGGUACGGCGGCGGGCGCCAUGGAGAACACCACAACCAGCCGAUGGUUUGCGUCGUCGUGCCUGCGCAACGCGCGGCCGCCCUAGGCCUUGCGCCACACCCGCCGCACGGCCUUCACUCGACGGGCAAGUGCACGUCCAGGGGCACCGCCCCGUGCGACGGGCACUUUUCCUCCCUCGCGCAGUCGAGCGCCGCGUCGGGAGGAGGAGGAGGAGGAGGAGGAGGAGGGCAUCCGGGGUACGCAUCCCACACGAGGUCCCACUCCCAGCCGAUAAGUCAUGGUGGCGGUAGCGGCGGCGGCGGCGGCGGCGGCUAUGGCCACCACGGUGGAUCUCCCCACGGCAACUUCGACCACCACCACGGCGGGGCGGCGGCCGGGACGCCUCACCACCUCUCGGUGAGCCCAAGUCACCACGUUUCGCCGAGCUCGAGCCACCACUUCUCCCCGAGCUCCGGGCACCACAUCUCGCCGACCUCGGGCCACCGGGUCUCGCCCGGCGCGGGCAGGUCGUACGGAGGCCCCCCGGCGAUGCACAUGCCGCCCAUGCCCCGCGAGAGACAGGGGCGUGCCGAGCCGAGAGAUUACCCGUCGGGAGCGAGCGGCGGCGGCGGCGGCGGCGGCGGCGGCGGAAGCAGCCCGUCCUUCGGCGAGUACGAGAGGUCCUCGCAGUCGGAGAGUCACCUUCACUCCGCUUACGCGUUGCCCGAGUGGGGGUACGACGAUGCCGGCGGCAGCGGAGCGGGGCGCGCGGGUGGGGGUGCGAUGGCUACCGCCCACGGCGUGGUACGGUCGCAGUCGCCGCCCCCGAUGGUGCGCAGCAGGAACGGGGGCGGGGCACCACGCCCCCCAUCGGCUUCUCCCAGGGCGUACGACGGCCACUACUCGUCUACUCGCUACAACGGCCGGGGGGGUGUUGAAGGCUUUUCGGUAGCCGGGAUCGGAGGGGCGAGCGGCGGCGUGGCGACGAGGCGCCGCUCCGAGAGCUCCGCCAUGGUCGGGCGUAGCUCGAUACAGCAGGAUGCUCUCGCCGCGGCCGCGAGCUAUUACUACGCCGUCGACGACAUGGGGAAGGAUGACGCGGCUUACAGCCGUGACUGUCGUGGCGGCGGCGGCGGCGGCAGCCACGGGCCCGCCUCGCGCGUAUCGUAGGCCAGGAGAAGGCCGUGGAGGGGGGUUAAGGGGAGCGCAGCUCUCUCUCCGCGGCACUGCAGAGAAUGUGGGUUUAGUUUUGCGGAAAACCCGGCUGAUGCGCAGGGCUGUCCCGGAGCCAGUGGUGGCCUUCGGAGCAACCACAGCACGAGAGUAUAAUACGAUGGUACGGUGUGUGUUGUCGCGUGCGCCUUUUCAUGGUAGUUGGGUGUCUUGCGCUGCAGCCCCGGUGGCCGCUGCAGUUGGGAUAGGGGAGGGCUUCGUCGCCUCGAUAACCGUACGGUCGCUCUUCGGUACGGUAGUUUUCCGCAGAAGAACGGAGGAAUAGGCCGCCGGCAUCCCCCCUGCCCUUUUUUUUAUUUGUUCGGAAGCAUUGGCGGUCCCAUGUGCGGCCGCGCAGUGCUGCGUUCGAUAGACACGGGUGCGCUGCUUGCGCGAGAGAUUCGAUCGUGUGUUAGCUUUUGAAAAAAUCGUCUAUAAGGAAUGAGCUAUCUUAGUCUCUUACGGGUUGGCCUUCCUUCGCCGGUGUUGAAACCCUUUUAUUUUUCAUUUUUUCUUGGUAGGGAUGUGUAGUCGUUUCCAUCUUGUUUAUGCGCGGGCGGUAUUUUUCCGGUCCGCAGAGGCUUUCAUGGUGUGCCACCUGCCCCCAUUCUUUUUUCUUCCGCCGCCGUUCCCCCCCCCCCCGGGUUUGGUCCUGUGGGGGAAUACGUGUCGAGCGGGAUUGGCUGCGGUAGGUUGACGUGGCGCGAUUGUAGUUGUUGCCGUCGGCAGGUUGUGUUACUUUACCUGAGGUCGUACACACGUUACUGCGCUUCGCGCUUGAUGACGGAAGAGAGGAGAGACUUAAAUUGCGUGCAGGGUAACCGGGGAGGGAUUUGGCCUUCAUUUGCGGGGCGAGGGGGCUCCGUGGGGGCGGUGUGGAGUUGCAUGUAGUUCGGCGCAGAUGGGAUAUGUAGUGCGUCGAAAAGCCUUGAUCUAGAGCCGACUUCUAGAUUGUGAGCCAGCACGAGCAAGUUCUAUAGGACACAACACGAAGCGGCGUAGAAAGGCAAGUUGCUAUUAUUUUUCUGGGUGCAUCUCCUUUUUCUUUAUUUAUGCCGUCUCGGCUCGUUGGAAAGGAGCGCACCCCAUCGGUGACUAACGCGCUUGAGUCUGGCCCCCUAUAUAUACGCUUAUUCUGCAUAUAUAUGUGUAUCAACGAAGUACUACAGUAGUAUGCUUUCGAGGGAGGGCUGUCGUUACUGAAGGCGGAACGGGAGGGGUUCUAGUUCUAGAAGGCGGAACAGGAGAGAACGAGUUCUGAUUCGAGCCUAAUAUUAAGUGGAUCUUUCAUUUGCGGGAUUGGUAUUACAGGAGGUUUGAGAUAGCAAGAGCUAGCAGGCGACACAACCGUCCCCGAACUUCGGUAACAAUUCUGGGUAGCGCUGACAUCCGUCCCGAUUUCGGCCAAGGGUUUCGAUGUGUUUCGAUAUGCAUACAUCCCGUCCAGUCCGUGUUUGUUUAUUGUUUGUAUUGUGGAGGAAUGGCCUGGCCUAGAUAGAGAAAAGCCCGUAAGAGGUUUUCUAAACGGUCGUCAUGUUCUUGUCUUGUAUCAGGCUGACUUAGUCUGACGCCCCUGCUCUCUUGUUUUUUGUGUUGGUGUCGCCGCCCGCGCCCGGUGACGGUUGGUUGGGCGACGUUUGCGGACGGGUGUGGUGCAUGUGGCGCUUGUCCUCUCGCGCGCAACAUAGUCGUUUGUUUUGUCAAUUAUUUUUUGUUCGUUUCUGUUUGUUUUGAUGAGAUUUGCAGUGUACGCGGGCGCCAAGGCUGGCUGUCUUCUGGCCAAAGGGCAUCAAUGCGAGGAGGGGUGGAGAGGCAUUUGAUUUCAGCCAGGUAGAACCGUUAUUUGCUGCCCUUUGCCGCCGAUGUGUAUCUGGUCCCAUCGAAGCGCGUACGUUGGCAUGGCUGGGGCAUAAAAGUAGAAUAGCAAAAGUUAAGAAGAGUCAUCAUGGUCCCUUGUCCUCCGCAAGAAGAGAGAGGUGCGCGACCCUCUAGUGAUGCAUGAAAUUUUUUUUCGGGGGGUUGCACACCCGGUGCACAACACGCGUUCAGCGGUGUCGAUCGCGAUGAUGUGAAUUAAGUACGAUAUAUUGCGUCCAUGGUGUCAUGUUUUAAUUGAUAUAGCAGAAGUAGAACAGGAACAGCUUUCUUUGUUCACCGGCCGGCGGAGUAGGUGGUGGGCGAGACGGGUGUGAGCAUGUGCGCGCAUGAUAAUUAUGAUGCAGGCUGGUGGUAGUGUGCAGGUACACGAACGAAAGGGGGCUCGUUCCCUUUCUCGAAUGAAAAUCUCUUCCUGGUG